GUACCGCUGACGUCACGCCGUACCGCUGACGUCACGCGCAGCAAUGGCGGCGGCGGCCGGGCCGGGAGCGGCGGCGGGAGCGGCGGGGGCGGCCCCGCCUCGGGGCAUCCGCGCCUGGCUGCGGAGCGCCUUCCGCUUCGCCACCGACCGCAACGACUUCCGCAGGAACCUGCUGCUGAACCUGGGGCUGUUUGCUGCCGGGGUCUGGGUGGCACGGAACCUGACUGACAUCGACCUGAUGGCCCCACAGCCCAGCCCGUAGCUCCGAACCUCCUGACCCACGUUUGAGAGCAGAACCCGCUCCCCUGACGGUGCCAACUCCUGUGCCAGGACUGGAGCCGUGGAGCUGCUCUGAACCCCCUGGAAUUGCUCCUGGAGCUACUCUGAUCCCCCUGGAGCUGCUCUGAUCCCACCUGGAAUUGCUCUGAUCCCACCUGGAGCUGCUCUGAUCCCACCUGGAAUUGCUCCUGGAGCUGCUCUGAUCCCUUUGGAGCUGCUCUGAUCCCCCCUGGAAUUGCUCUGGUCCCACCUGGAGCUGCUCUGAUCCCACCUGGAAUUGCUCUGAUCCCCCUGGAGCUGCUCUGGUCCCACCUGGAGCUGCU